AUGACAGUCUCAUAUGCCUAUGCUGUUUCUUCUGUGAAUUCUAGCACUUUCCUAAAAUUAUUUCGAAAAUGGAAAGGCUCAAUACUAAAAGCUGUUUGGAAAGAACUCUUAAUCUGGUUGAUUCUAUAUUCAUUUGUCGGUUUCGUAGUGAACUGUUUUCUAGAUACUGUAAUUCGAGAGUAAGUUUCCUGAAUUUAUUUUCUAGAGCUCUAACGAUUUUCAGACAUUGCCGCGCUGAAUUUGAAGCUAUUGAUGGUAAAUUGGCGUACUUCGAUUUGAAAUUUAUGCUAGGUUUCUUUGUCUCGGCUGUUGUUGAUAGAUGGAAAAACAUUCUUCAAAACAUUGCGUUUAUUGAAACGUAAUUUUCCUAGUUUUGUUAGAGAAUUUGAAAAUUUCAUUUUUGAAGAACAGCACUGUCGAUCAGCACAUUAAUACGAGGAAAAGAUGAUAAUGUUCGAUUGGCUAGAAGGUCUAUUAUUCGAUAUAUCGUGCUCUCUCAGGUGAGUCCGAUUCCGAAAAAGUGUGGGAGUUAUUCGACUACGCAUCUUAGAAAAAACAAUAAAUGAAUCAGAAUUUGUUCAGUGUUUGAUUUUCAUUGUGUUCAGAAAAAGACUGAAUUGUUUCGUACUUUGGUGACAACACUGAGCGAUUGAAUUUUUAAACAAAAAAUGGUUUGGUUUCCUGCUGCCCGAUAUUUAAGAUGUCUUAACGGGCGGCCGUUACAUCUAGAUAGGACCAAAAACAGAAAUUGGAGACUUUUUCAAUGUUCGAUUGACCUUCUGAAUCAUUUUUUGUAAUGAAACAUUUUUAGUAAUGAGAAAUUCUUUAUCAAGCAUUGAAUUGAAGAUUUUUUACUCUACCAAUUCAUUUUCAUUUCUGAGAACUCAUCUACCCGCUUUUUUCCAUUUUUCUCACGUGUUCCAGUUUUUUGCGUGCUGUUACCAAAGAACACAAAAUUUCCCAAUUCCUUCCUGAACACAAUGAAAAUCAAAUGCCAAACAAAAAUGAUUCAUUAGUUGUUUUCAAUAUAACACAGUCAACCACACAAAAACGCAUAUCAGAUUAGCACUCAUUAUCAACAAAAAAAACAACAAUAACAUCAAAAAUCAAAUAUUUCUCAGAUCUUGGUAUUUCGUGAUAUAUCUAUGCGAGUUCGCAGAAGGUUUCCAACGAUGCAAAGUCUUAUUGAUAGUGGAUUUUUGUUUGAAAAUGAGCGUAAAGAGAUUGACGAAGUCGACACCCAAUAUAACAAAUAUUGGAUGCCCAUUAACUGGGCAAAUUCGAUUGUUUUUCGAAUGCAAGAGCAGAAAUAUAUAGAUGUGCCAGUUUCAACAAACAAUGUGUUGAAUGUGAGAAAUCUAGAGUUUACAAUGAUUUUUUGACAAUUUUAGAAUAUCCGAGACUUCCGAAACACCUUAGACAAUCUUUGUAAAUUUGAUUGGGUACCUUUGCCAAUCGCUUAUCCCCAAGUUGUAUUCCUUGCUGUACGUGUAUACUUUUUAAUUUGUAUUUUUUCGCGUCAACAUGUGAUUAUGGAACAACAACCAUAUUUGAUCCAUCGUCAUUUUCCGUUUAUGACCGUUUUACAAUUUGUGUUCUAUGUAGGAUGGAUGAAAGUCGCCGAAGCUCUUCUAAAUCCUUUAGGCGAAGAUGACGAUGAUUUUGAGGGGAAUUGGGUAAUCGACAAAAAUAUUACGGUAGGUAAAAAACUGAAAUGAUCUUUGAAUAACUAAAAAUAGACUGGUAUGCAAAUUGUUGAUGGCAGUCAUAAUGCCUGUCCCGAUUUACACGUUGACAAGUUCUCCGAGCCCAAAUUCGGACCAAUGUAUCCGUUGAUAAAUGUUAGCACGGGACAAAUUGGUUUCUGUCAAGGAAGUGUGGCUGAUGUUGUGUAAGUUAUCUUCUUAUUAGAGAACUCGGAAUAAUCUUCAUUUUAAAAAAUUGAAGGAUUUGUGAAUCUCCAACAUCUUCAAAAAUGGUUACAAUUGAUAGUGUUUCUAUGAGUUCAAAGGAUCAAAAAUCGUCCUCAAUGCGAAGAAGAUUCAGUAAAAUUAGUCAGAGACUAAGCUUAUCGUAAGUUUAAAAUUUAGGUUAUCUCAAUAAUCUUACAUUUUUUGAGACGAACAAUAUCUGGUGGCCCAAAAUCGCCUGAAAUUCUAGCAACUCCAACAAAGAAUCUGGAACAAGUUACGGAAGAAGAUAACGUUAAAAUAGAUAUUGAAGAUCAGGUCCCGAAGAAUAUCCAAAAAUAA